CUUGAAAGUGCGAAGGAAAUGUUCAAAGAAGUUGACUUUUAUCUUACAUUUUUAAGAAACCAAAUGGAUCUUACAGCUUUUUGACUAUCAGAAUGAAGCUUUUCAAGCUUUGGGUUCACCAACAUACAUUCAGUGAGGACGAUUUGAUAAUUAACCCUAAGGAAUUUCCUGAUGGAAGAGUCGGCGAUGUGUUGGAGAUCUUCCAUCCUGAAGAUCAAGGGUCCGCAAGACUCUUGCUACAGAUUAACUCUAUUAGUGAUUUCCAACAGAAAGAUACUGUCAGUAUUGAGCAGUCUGUUGCCAACUUGUUUCAGCUGCGUACUUAUUCAAAUGUUAACGUGAAAAAGGUGGAUCCUGAUGAAGUUAGUGUAGACUUAGUUGAUGUCCUGGUUAAGGAACAAUACCUAAGUAGGAAUGAUAUGUGGAGACUAGCCAAGGCACUGGUCGACAAGUGUGUCUAUGUCUCCAAGAAAGUCUCUUUCUCUGGAAUCCGAGGACAAAUCAAUGAACUAUGGAAAAAAGGAAAGCAGAAAACAUGUGGAGUGAUAUCCAAGGAUACAAAGGUCGUGUUUCGUUCACUGACAGCYGAGAUCUUUCUCUUCAUUCAAAUGAGCCAAGAGAUGUGGGACUUUGAACUGAAUGGUGACUUGUAUUUUGAAAAAGUCAUCAAUGGAUUUCUGCAUGAAUUGUUUACCAAAUGGAAAGACCUGAAAUCUAACCAUGAAGUCACAAUCGUGCUUUUCUCCAGGACAUUUUAUGACUGCAAAUCUAUAGAUUCCUUUCCACUUGAGAAGCGAGGAAGCAUUCUACAAGAUCCUUACGGCCGAUUCUACGAAGACUUCUAUCAGGUGCUUGUUCAAGAGGAGAGAAGAGACGACUGGCUACCAGUUCUGGUCACACUCAAAUACCACUUCAAUCAGUAUCCUAAGUACAUCAACUGCUGCCAAGAUAUUCCUGGAAUGCCUACAGGAAAUAACUCUACAGCUUUUGAAGGGAACUUCCUGGAAUCGAUCAACCUAACGAUGAAUAUUUUUGAGAAGAAUCACUUGGAUCGUAGUUUUGACCGCACAGGUCAAACUAUUGUUAUGGUGACUCCAGGACCGGGUGUCUUUGAAGUGGACCGCUCACUGAAUAGCAUUACCAAACAACGUAUGGUUGAUAGUGGUGUGGCUGUAGAUUUGGUUUGCAUGGCAGAACAGCCAUUGCAUUCAGUACCUCUGUUGAAGUUUUAUAAUAAAGAUGGCGAUUGUAGGGUCAACAUCGGUGAUGACUAUAACAUCCCACACUGGAUGAACCAUAGCUUCUAUACAUCACACAAGGCCAAGAACAAACAUGAUUCCUUUCGACCUCGCGUCAAGAUACCGGAUGUUGUGUUGAACUACUUUAACGUGAAACCAGAGGAAAAUCCAUACAUGAAAGGUCUGCACAAAAAUUUCCUUCCAAUGAACGCCAAAGACCAACUUGCCAAUCAAAUCCCAGAUUUCAUAAACUACAAAGAAUACGAUGCCAAUGUAUUCCGCGCGGCAACCUCGGCUAAACAAAAAGCAAAGAACGUCGAUCGCGGUAAAUCCUCACGUUCUGCUCCUUCGUUUUCUCGACCCAACAGCUCUUCGGACCUCGAGAAAUUGAACAAGUCACGUGACGAUGGUAAUGUGAUUCGAGAAUAUUCCCCACGUGACUCGGUCAAUGGUGCUAUAUCCAUACCAUCAUCUUCGAGGUCGCCUGCAAGACACUCACAAACAGAUAUCACAAAAUAUCGCAUCUCAGCGUCCAUGGAUCACACGAUAUACGCGCAACUAUCAAAGGGUUACUCCCCUGGCCAUCAGAAUGAUGACGAUGAAUUCCGAAUUGAAAUGGAUCAAGUCGUCGUUGGUAGCGCAGGCGCGCCAAGACAUUUCCCGCGCUUUCUUUCCCGCGUUACCCAUGAUCCUCGACGCACUUUGUUCAAUCCCUUCAAACCACUCGAUAUUCCUUGCAGAUGGACCUGUAAUCGACAUCGCUGGGCGCAUUGUUUUCCCAUUGGGCCAGACGGGGAAAGUAUCCACAGACACUUCGAGAAGCAGAAUGAGAAGAAAGACGAUGACACACCACAGAAGCCAAAAGCUGCCAAAGAAGCUACCUUAGGUGUAGCUGAUGCCCGCAAACGAAUCAUUACUAUCCAGUCACAGGACAGCGAUGAGUUCGAGGAAGAAGACGAAGUAUACGAAGUAGAAGAUCCCGAUGAUGCCGAAGUGGCUAGAAUCAGCCUGUCCACCGAGAGCGGGGAGAGAUCUUUUCUUGAUUCUCUUAAUGAACCGCCAGUACUUCAAGAGGUGCAGAAAAAGGGUUCAUUGGAAACUCCUUUGACGCCGGAUCGUGGGUCAUCGUUACGUAGACCUCGUGCACCGGUUCGCACAAGCUUCUUUCAUCAUUCAUCGAAGAAAGUGGAACAUGAUUGGACAGCAACUAUAACGACUAGUGUUGAUUGGGAGUCCCUAGUGCUACCAGCAUGCCUCCCCCUGACCUCAGAGUACUGCCCGGAUAUGAAAACACUUGGUAAUGAUUACCUGGAGUUUCACUAUGAGCUGUGUGUUGGUGAUGAUGAUGAGUAUGCUAUGAGCAGGCAAAGAUGUACUAGUAAUCCUGCAAGGAUGGAACAGAGUAGACACCCAGUAUCUGCACAAUCAAUGAUUCUUGAACUAGUAGCUCAAAGAUUAUCCAAGGGUUUCCAGAUUUUGACCAACCCUCCUUAUCAAGAGCGAGGCCAAUCAUAUUACAUUGCUCAAAAUGACGAGUUUGAGUCAGAAGAAUGCUUCCUGAGUCUUGGGCGUAACAUUCACAGGCUGAGUGUGAUUCCCAAACGAUCACAAAUCAGCGUGACGCGGUACCGACCUCGUCACGUAAGACGUGAGGUCAAUCCCAUCCAGUACAGGUAUCGUCUGUGGGCAAGACAUGCCAAACAGUAUUACUACAAAGAGGCUGAAUUCCAACACGAUGAACUGGAUAAGUACAACUGGAACUACCUUGACCAGCACAUCAGUGGUGACCAAGACUUUACCGCACUGGUGGAGUCCCUCCGAUACUGGAAGGCUCGUUUCCUGUUGCUCCCCGACACCAACUACAAAAGAUACAACUGCGAAGAGAAGAAAGGGGACAGGAAAAAUACUAAUGAAGAAGACUCUCGCAUAGAAGGAAUUCUCAAGUACCUUGAAAUGUUGAAUGGGAUAAAGAGAAGCAAGGCUAGAAGAAGACCGCUCUCUCCUAACGUAAAAAUACUUCCUAAAAAUGGAUCUCGAACGCCAGAGCCCAGGAAAGAACAACAGCAACAAUUACCUGGACAAGAUGCGGCUGUGAAGAAAGACGAAAAAGGCACUGCUCCGAUAUCAGAGAAAGACACAACCGAAAGUCAAAGCUCGCCAGAAAAUACUAGCGAGACAGCGGGGAGUGCCACAGAUGAGUCAGCGGACGACGCACAAGAAGGGACGCUGAACAAGACUUCACCACUAGAGUCCAUCGCAGAAGCCAUGCUCGAUGAAUCAAAUAGUUUUCCAUUCCUACCCCCCACGAAGGGGUUGGGUUCGGCAUGUUUUCUAAGCAUUGAAGCAAUAUGGUGGAUGAUGCAUAACAUCGGGCUCGAUGACAGAAAGGAGGCUGUUGCACUAGCACAGAAAAUGGUUGAUGCCAAGAUAUUCCAGCACGCCUCAGGAAGCAGUAGACAGAAGUUCGUCUGUGGUUUCGCAAUCUUCUCCAURACAGCAAAAGAAAAAUGGAAUGAAAAAGAAGACACGUCAGAUAAAAAACGAUCGCAGAGGAUGUACCAGUCGUCUGUCAUGCUGGAUUUACCAUUAGAACACUUCCAAGAAGACUGGUUCGAAGUCGCUAUUAGUCGGCCCAAGCCCCCCUCAAGGAGUAUCCCAGCAUUCCUCGUGCCAGAUCAAGAGUUACCCGAGUAUCUUGAAAGUUCCCCUUUGUUCCGUCAGGGCGCUUUCAUGAGGAGCCGAGGUAGAUCUUUUCAAAACUCAAUGAGUGAUGAUUGUGGCAAUGGACCACCUUACAAGACGGUCAACGUCAACUGUGACGCACAAAGAAAAAGCGAACGUCCUGAAUGGGCAGUUGUACGUUACCAUGGUAACUAUUGCAACACGCAUGCGUUCGAGAUUGAAGUACACUGGAUUGAAACGACAGGCUCAGUUGUUAGUGAUUUGAUUCAAGCCUGGGCUCGUAAGGCCACGUCUUGUGGUUUUCAUCUUAUUCCAGCCCCUGUCAGUCCAUUUCCUGAUCCAUUGGGCUUCAGCUUUAACCCCUUUAGACUACCGGUCUACAUUCCAGUCCUUCUUAGUGCGUGCCAGGAUCAAGGACAAGAAAACAUAUUUCUAGGUUUUGGGCCUUCGACGUAUCGACCCCGAAAGUUCUUAUUUCUGGAAGCUAUUCUUGAAAAUUUUGGCUUCAUAAAAGACUCUCCGUAUGGCUCAUCUCAAAACAUUUACUCAUUCUUUGCGCCACCUGUCCAGUGUCGGGCUGCUGACUAUGUCCACUCCUCUGGGGCUGCUUUUGCUCGAAUACAUGACCAGGACACCUCGGCCAAGCCUGAACUCUACGGGUUUGGUCCUGGUGACGGAUCGCCACCGGAGGGAAGCGUGGGGUUCUUUUGGAUGGAUAACUACAUGUUGACGAAACGAUGGCGAUCAGCAGCUACUGGAGAUGUAGAAUUUGUCAGGAAGUUAAUGGCCGAUUUUGUAGAUUUCUGUUCUAAUAAGAAUGGAGAACUUAAAGCAUUCUGGGACGAUUCUUGGGGUUCUUUAAUAAAUGCAAGUCAGGAUUUAUCAGAACAAGAGACGAGUACUGAUACAGCAGACAACAGUACUAUUUCUGUACCCCAUAUGGAAGAAAAGGAAACUGCAGAAGAAGUGAAUACAAAAAAAGAAGUCUUAUUGGAUGGGGAAACAUUUUAAACAUGGGAAAAUAAAAGAUUUCUAUUCUACUGGGUUUACCUCACACAAUAAACCAUUUGCAGAAUGGAAUAGAUUGGAAAUCUUUUGUUUUGUCCCCCCAGAUCGAGCUGUUUUGACGUCAUAUGCAAGAGGUCUAUACUUUUUUCUCUCAUAAGAUACUUUUCGAUUUCAAGAUACGAAUCAAUUUAAAAUUUGUUUACCAUCCAGCAGAGCCUUUCCCAAGGGACCUUGAGCUGAAUUGAUUCGUUAUCCAAGUCAUAUAUCAGCACGUGACUGUUUGUUACAAAAGGUGGGAUAGACGUUCGACUAGUUUCGCCAGACAUCCUGGGUAAUGCGCGAGAGUCACUGCUCCCACAUGAUUGACGGAACAAUGAAAAACGUGAAUAAGUGAAUUAAAAACAGAGCAUCAUGGUAAAAUUUAUGACUAUUCUUGUGUAAAUACGGCCACAUAUGUAUGUUUUACACGAGCGCACACGGAGCCGCUCAUAUUUUAUGGUGUCAUUUGGCAAAUAAAUUCAGUACGCUUA